UGUGCGGGCCAGUGGUGAAUAUUGACUUCGUGCUCCACACAUCUGAUCGCAGGCAACGUAAUUGGUUGGUUAUCGUUUGUUGCAAUGGGGAAUGCAGACACGAAAUUAAAUUUCAGGAAAGCAGUUGUUCAGCUUACAUCUAAGACACACCCUAUUGAUGCUGGUGAUGACAGUUUUUGGGAUCAAUUCUGGUCUGAGAAUGUAACUAAUGUUCAAGAUGUUUUCACUUUGGUGCCAGCACCAGAAAUUCGAGCUCUUCGAGAAGAAGCACCAUCAAAUUUAGCAACUUUAUGCUAUAAAGCGGUUGAAAAGUUGGUGAAGGCAGUUGAUAGUAGCUGUAGAACUCAUCAUGAGCAGCAAACAGUUUUGAACUGUGUACGAUUGCUGACUCGAGUGUUGCCAUACAUCUUUGAAGAUCCGGAUUGGCGAGGAUUUUUCUGGUCCAGCUUACCAGGACAGUCUCAAGAUGAUGAUGACGACGAUGAGCAGUCCAUGCCGUUGGCACAGUCACUCAUCAAUGCCAUCUGUGAUUUGCUGUUUUGUCCAGACUUCACUGUUGCUGCUAAUAGAAAAUCUGGCCCAGACAAGGCAGAAGAUCUGCAGGCUAUUGAUAGCUGUGAAUAUAUCUGGGAGGCUGGAGUGGGAUUUGCACACUCUCCACCGCGUUACCCUAAUCAUGAUUCAAAUAGAACAGAACUACUGAAGCUUCUACUUACAUGCUUCAGCGAAACAAUGUAUCAGCCUCCAGUUGAUAUCCAUAUUGCACCUAAUCGAUGGAUUCAGUACUUCACCUGUGCAGACAAUCGGCAUGCAUUACCAAUGUUUACAUCACUACUGAACACAGUGUGUGCCUAUGAUCCUGUUGGUCUUGGAGUGCCCUAUAAUCACCUGCUGUUCUCAGACUUAGUGGAACCACUGGUAGAUACCGCUUUGCAGAUUCUUAUUGUCACAUUGGACCAUGAUACUAGUGGCAGUGCCCCAGAGGGUGAGGAGGCAACAGUGCCAGACAAUUUGUUCAUCAAUUAUUUGUCACGGAUUCACCGAGAUGAAGACUUCAAUUUUGUUUUGCGGGGUUUCACAAGGCUGCUGAACAAUCCGCUUAUGCAGACAUACCUGCCCAACUCUACCAAAAAGGUGCAGUUCCAUCAAGAGCUCUUGGUCUUCUUCUGGAAAACGUGUGACUACAACAAGAAAUUCUUGUAUUAUGUUCUGAAGAGCAGUGAUGUUUUGGAGAUAUUGGUGCCAAUCCUCUAUCAUCUUAAUGACUCACGGGCUGAUCAGUCUCGAGUUGGCUUGAUGCAUAUAGGCGUCUUCAUUCUUCUACUCCUGAGUGGGGAGAGAAAUUUUGGUGUGCGCCUCAAUAAACCGUACAGCGCCAAAGUACCGAUGGACAUUCCUGUCUUCACAGGAACACAUGCAGAUCUGCUAGUUACAGUUUUCCACAAAAUUAUAACAACAGGUCACCAGAGGUUGCAGCCGCUGUUUGAUUGUCUUCUUACAAUCCUUGUAAAUGUGUCACCUUAUUUGAAGACAUUGUCAAUGGUGGCCAGCGUAAAACUGUUGCAUUUGUUGGAAGCGUUCAGUACUCCAUGGUUCCUGUUCUCAUCUCCUACCAACCAUCAUCUGGUUUUCUUCCUGCUGGAAAUCUUUAAUAAUAUUAUUCAGUAUCAGUUUGAUGGAAAUUCCAAUUUAGUAUACAUGAUCCUUCACCAGCGGCAAGUGUUCCAUUCUCUCGCAAACCUUCCAUGUGACUAUGGAACUAUUGCUAGGUCUCUCACUAAACGUACAAGACGUCACCUACCAAGCACAACAUCUUCAGAAAAUGUAGGGGAGUUACCAAGCAUGGAAGGUUCUCAUCCAGCUUUGGCAGCAGAACCUGGAACUCUGAAGGCAACCCUGCCAGACACCCCAGGCAUUGAAAAAAUGACUGAGAAGGAAUCAGCCCAUCCUUCAGUCCAUCAGCUUUGUGAGCUAACUGCGGCAGCAACGGUGAAUGGCGUAAAUUCCAAUGAUCCUCCCCCCCUUCAGCAAUCUUCCAUACCUCCAUUAGCCUCACAGCAAACAUUAACAAACAGUUCAAGUGAGAGCAGUGUGAGGCUAGGCGACGGAGAAGAGUUGCCCAGGUCAAAGAGUAUGCCUAUCACAAGUCCAGAUUCUCCAACACCAUCCAUUCACUCAGCAAACAGUUCACGUGCGACUAAUGCAAGCAGACGUAAGACUUCAGAAUCUUCAGUUGCCAGUCUACAGAGAUCUGUAGCACAGCGUCAGAGUAUUCGGCUGACGGAAGCACAUUCUCUCGCUCAGGGGAGUGGCAUUGGAUCUCCCGUUGGAAUGAUGGGAGCUGGAGGACAGUGGAUACCUACAUCAGAGUGGGUCAGUUCAUGGAAGACAAAACUACCGUUGCAAACGAUCAUGAGGCUUUUGCAAGUUCUUGUACCUCAGGUGGAGAAAAUAUGUAUUGACCAGUGUGUGUCAAAGGAAAGUGAAGUUCUCAAGUUUCUUCAGCAUGGUACAUUAGUGGGUCUGUUGCCGGUACCCCACCCCAUUCUCAUUCGGAAGUACCAAGCAAACUCUGGGACUACAACAUGGUUCCGUACAUACAUGUGGGGUGUUAUCUAUCUCAGGAAUGUUGAUCCUCCAAUAUGGUACGACACUGAUGUCAAACUGUUUGAAAUUCAGCGAGUGUGAAUUUGAGGUAUUCAGAGUGGAUAUAAUGUCUUGUUGAUCUCAACAUUGCAGUAUAGUGUGAAGAAGUUGAGCAGUUUCCCUGCUCUUGAUAAAUUUAACUGUAUUCCACCCCGUUUAUUUGCUUGCUGAUAAAUCUGCAUUUAGAUCAGAGCUGUCCAACUGUAUGUA